GCCCGUGAGCCCGCGAGCCCGCGCCCCGCCGCGCCGCCCAGCCGCAGGAUGCGCGCCCCGCCGCUGCUGCUGCUGCUGGCCGCCUGCGCGCCGCCGCCCCGCGCCGCCGCCGCCGCCCCGACGCCGCCGGGCUGGGAGCCGGCGGCCGACGCGCCCUGGUGCCCCUACAAGGUGCUGCCCGAGGGCCCCGAGGCGGGCGGCGGGCGCCUGUGCUUCCGCAGCCCCGCGCGCGGCUUCCGCUGCCAGGCGCCCGCCUGCGCGGCGCACGCCUCGGCCGGCCGCUCGCUGCGCGCCAGCGUCCUGCGCAACCGCAGCGUGCUGCUGCAGUGGCGCCUGGCGCCGGCCGAGGCGCGCCGCGUGCGCGCCUUCGCGCUCAACUGCUCGUGGCGCGGCGCCUACACGCGCUUCCCGUGCGAGCGCGUGCUGCUCGGCGCCUCCUGCCGAGACUACCUGCUGCCCGACGUGCACGACGGCGUGCGCUACCGCCUGUGCCUGCAGCCGCUGCCGCUGCGCGCCGAGCCCGCCGCCGCCGCCCCGGAGCCCGCCGGGCCCGCCGAGUGCGUGGAGUUCGCUGCCGAGCCGGCCGGCAUGCGGGAGAUCGUGGUGGCCAUGACGGCGGUGGGCGGCUCCAUCUGCGUCAUGCUGGUGGUCAUCUGCCUGCUCGUGGCCUACAUCACCGAGAACCUCAUGCACCCGGCUUUUGGGCGCCCCGGCCUGCGCAGGCAGCCCUGAAGCUCCGGGCGGCCCACCGGGGCUCUGCCUCCUCGAGAUGGGCGCCCGCUCCCCACUCCUCGCUCCUGCUCCCUCCUUAGGAUCUUCACGCAGGGCCCACCGGAGACCGGUAGGGCCUUGGAGUCAUCGCACGACCUUCCUAGCCCGGCCUCUGCCUCCCAGACUCCAACUCGGGACUGACCCUUGGGCCUGCGCAGGGGUGCCAGCCUCGUCCAGGGCUCUCCCUGCUUUCCAGAGGCCUUUUUAGGGGCCACCAGGACAUACAGCCCCUUCUAGCAAGAGCCAUUGGCACCCCCGGGUCAUCACCCUGCACCUCCAGCCUGUGCCAAGUUGGAAAAGGAACAGGCUGUCGUCAUCGCUUGGUCACUGUGUGCUUUGCUGGCUCGACGAGGUCCCUUGGAGCCUGUCCUCUCCCCACCUCACCCCAGUGGGCUUAGAUUAGCUUCGUGCCUUAGUGUCUUUGGCCCACUGCGGAAGCCACCCACCUGUCCUGUGCUGUCUGAGGGCGUCCGGUGGCCCUGGUACUGGCCGGCUUGUGUGUGCUUCCGGCCAGGGCCUCCUGGGGAACUUACCCCCCCUUCAAGCUUUGCAGGAGCCUCAAGUGUGGGUAAGCGUUGUCCUGUGUUGUCUUCCUACUCUGGUGUGUGACACGCCGGAGCCAUGAUGUAGCAGCAGGCAGGCCCAGCCUUUCAUUGCCACGUCCAGGGGUGAGUGUCCUCUUACCUUGUGUGAAGCUGGCGGCUCUCCAGGGCUGCCCCUCGUUCUGUUUUGUGGGUACUGCCUCUGUCGAGGGCUUUACGUGGUGAGUGAGGGCAAGUGGCUGGAAAGAGGGGUCUGGUUGGAAAGGACGGCGUUGUAUCCAGAGGGCGGAAGAAGGGAGGCCGGCCUCACCCAGCAGGACUUGCCUCUGUGGUCUGGGUCCCAAGCCUGGACCACAGCAUGAUGGACAGCACCGCCCCACCCCUUCCCUGGAUUGGCAGUCAAGAGCCAAGGACUUGGCUGGUGAUGCCGCUGCCCACGGUGGAUGGAAGGCCGGCCCUGCCCCUUUCUGGGAAGACGUGAACCCCCUGGCCAAGGUUGCUUCCUGAGCUGGGCACCGGGCAUCCCCAGGAGGGGUGAAGCUCACUUAGCUCUCCAGGAGCCCCUGACUGUGACCACAUCCUGGACCUGGCACUUCUGGAGUCACUGUGGCCAACCCCUCCCCGCCCUCACCCCAGGUCUUGGCUGGUGCCCCCACAGUGCCCGCUCCCUACCUCUCUGUCUUUGCUCUGCCUGCCCUUGGCAUGGCGCUGGUCAGGUGCAAGCCUGGCGUCAAUGUCUAAACGUCCAUCAUUUUAGACCAAAA